AUGCCAUCAGUUGAAGAGAGUGUUGCGACUAUUAAGGCCGAGUUGAAGUAUUUGAAGGAGCAAGGGGCCUUGGACGAGUCGGCAUACAGAGAUAUCGAGUCGUUGCUUCCCAGACCAGCACCAAAGCCAGUUGAAUCGAGUAAUAUGAGCCAGAACUUGGAAGUGGUGGAAGCAUUGUAUGCGUUUGCGCCUCAGCAAGAGGGUGAUUUGGCUUUGCAGCCAAACGAUCGGAUUGAGAUCUUGGAGAAGCUCAGUCCUGAGUGGUACAAGGGUAGAUGUAACGGGAAGGUUGGUGUGUUUCCUUCGAACUACGUGAAGCCGGUGGAGAAGCGUGAGGUGGUUGUGAACAGGCCUAUUCCUGCGCCAGUGCCCACGCCUCCACAAUACGCAGCAUACACACCACCACCACCACAGCAGCAACAGCAGCAACAACCUACACAGCCCUUCCCACCACAGUUUAGCGGGUACUACCAACAGCCACCACCACCUCAGCAGCAGAUGCAGCCCUACGUGCAGCAAUACCCUCAGGCCCAGGUUGUGCAGCAACAGCCUGUGCCCCAGCAGCAGGGCAGCGGCAGCGGUGGGUCUGAUGCUCUGAAGAAGUUUGGUAGCAAGUUGGGUAACGCAGCCAUUUUCGGUGCCGGUGCCACUAUUGGUUCUGAUCUUGUGAACAGCAUCUUCUGA